UGAUAAUAUUGUAUGUAAUUAAUUUAUAGUGACAGGAAGAUUGAAGCGUGCAGACUGCAAUAAGUAAUGCUUCCCCGUUGCUAUAAAUUGGACAGACCCUUCCGAUAAGAUUCACAGACGCGCGACCACGAUUUUUUUUCUUUUCUUCAGUACUUUCCUGAUGAGAAGCAGAGGUGAAAUGCUUUGCGGUUUUGCUCUUCUUGUUACGGCCCUUCUCGCCGUUGUUGGUAUUGAUGGUGCAUCGAAACCCGUUCAUGGAAGCGGCAGUGAAGAAGUAGUAGUAUUUCCCAAGGAGAAGGAAAAUUAUCCCAGAAACUUGUUCAUCUCUCCCAACACUACUACUACUACUGAAAUACAGGAGGUGGGGCCGGAGCGGAUCGGUAUGGGCGGCGAGAUGGGGUGUUCCAAGGACAGCAUCCUGGUGUUUCAAGGCGCAACCUCGCCGCUCCCCAGCGGGAUUCCGACCUACUCCGUCAACGUGGAGAAUGUGUGCCUCUCGGAGAGCUGCAGCAUCUCCGACAUCCACCUCAGCUGCGGCUGGUUCAGCUCCGCCCGCACCAUCAACCCCACUAUUUUCCGCCGCCUUAACUACGAUGAUUGCCUUGUCAACGACGGCCAGCCCCUCAACCCCGGUGAAUCCAUUUCUUUUCAGUAUGCUAACACCUUCCCCUAUCCGCUCUCCGUCUCCUCCGUUUCUUGCUGAUCAUCUUUUCACUUCACUACCACUUUCAAUAAUUUUCUCCAUGAUUUACUAUUUCAUGUAUGCUAUACUCAACACCACUGGUAAUUAAGUAAUAAAUUUGUUUGUAUGUA